AUGUCUUAAUCAGAGAUGAAUUAGUAGAAGUCUAAAAAAGAGUAAUAAUCGAAAAAAUACAGAAUACUUAGUUUUGAAGAUAAGUAAAAAAUAAUGAAAGUUUUUUUGUGGUAGAAAAAAGCUUAAUCUAGAAGCCGAGAAAAAGUUAUGUGUUUGGAUAGUUGAAUAGAGUGCUAAAUAAGGAAAAAGAGUGAGGAGAACUUAAUUAAAAGACUAAGCAAUAUCUUUAUUUAAUGAUAAAUACUUUAAAGCCUCAAAAGCUUGGUAAGAUGAGUUUAUCAGAAAUUAUGAUAUUAAAUAUUAAGUUAAUGAAAUUUUAUACAAAAAAGGUAUGUUAAACACGCUUUAAAAAUAAAAAUUCUUAGAAAUGUAUGAAAAUAGAAAAGCAGAGAUUAAUCAAAAGAAUUAUGAAAAUAAUUCUCAAAUUCCAACUUAAACUAAAUCUGAAGAGAAAAAUUAUUUAUGUUAUACGAGUCCUUUUUGUCAAGAUGACUAUUAAUGGUUUUAAACACCUUAAUUUGAUAUUAAAUUUGAAGAAUCAUUUAAUUAAUAAUAAUUUGAAGUAUCUCCAGAAAUAAAUCCUCUAAAUGAAGAUUCCUGGGACUAUAAAAUAAAUUAAGUUGAAUCAGAAGUCUCUGAAUUUGAAGGAUUCCCUUCCUCAAAGAAAACUAAAAAGUAAUAGAAAAAGAAAAGAAUUUAUUGA